AUGUUUGGGUUUAAUGUGAACAAACUCAAGCCUAAUCUUAAGAUGGCGGUGCAUCGUAUUGGCAUUGUUAAGAACAAGAAGGCAAAUGCAGCAGUAGCACAGCGACGUGAAGUCGCGCGGUUACUUGGUGAUGGAAAAGAGGAGAAAGCGCGUAUUCGAGUGGAAGGAAUUAUUCGUGAUGAUUUUACAAUGGAAGGUUACGAAAUUUUGGAGCUCUUGUGUGAACUUUUGGCCGAGCGAGCGAACCUGCUCAAGACAGAGCCUGACUGUCCGUACGACAUGCGUGAAGCUGUAUGCACGCUGAUCUGGUCGGCAAGUCGUACGGAGAUCCCGGAGCUGCUGGAGGUCAAGAAGCAGCUUACCAAAAAAUACGGACGAGAUUUUGAGGCUGCAGCUAUCCGCAAUGUGGACAAAUGCGUGAAUGAACGCGUGAUCCAGAAACUCAGUGUGCAUCCGCCGAGUGCAUUUCUUGUGAUUAGUUAUAUGCAGGAGAUUGCCAAAGAAUUUAAGGUGGACUGGGAACCCGACGAAGUACAGGUGGUGGACCCACUGGCACCGAUUCCGGCACCAACUGGUACCACUGUCAUGAAUGCCGGUGUCUCUGGACCAGACUUUGCUGCACUCUACGCAUCAGCCCCUCCACCUGGCGCUAGCCUGUCUCACUUGCCAAAAGCUCCUUCUGACCAUACUAGCAUGGAAGCUGCUGCUGCCCCGGCACCGCUUCAGACGUCCCUGUCACGGCGGACAGUGAACACGUACACGAACCAGCCAACGCACUAUUACUCUACAACGACGUCGCAGCCACUUUCGGUACAGCAGUCCGAUGACGUUCUUGCAGAACCGAUACAACCGGCACCAGCAUUGCCAAAUGAGCGCCUUUCUUCUUCUGCCGCCGCGGCUUCGUCAGGUCCAGCUCCAGGCUCAGCCCCAGCAAGGAACGAAGGCAUCCCAGAUUUUGACGAGCUUACAGCACGCUUCGAGCGACUUCGCAAGCGCCAAGACCGCCAUGACCAGGAUAAUACUUCGUUUACAUUUUAA